CGGCCGGCACCAAUGGGGAAACGACAUCAGACGUAGCACCGGUACAAGCAGUUCGGACAUGAAGACGCUGUUCUUUAAUGCCAUAGUUAACGAAGGCCGCGGCGAGUGGAAGCUGGAGGGCGACCUCCAACGCGGAGAGGAACGGGCGCAGGGCAGGUUUCUACAGGACGCCAGCGGACAGGAUGUGCCGUGCACCAGCGAGCAGGAGAGUCCACCGCAGCCGGAUCAGAAGCGCUUCACCUGCCCCCAGCUACUCUGCGACAAAACCUUCGCCUCCAAGUACAAGCUCUGCAGGCACAUGGCUACGCACUCUAUGCAGAAGUCACACCAGUGCUUUCACUGCGGCAAAAUGUUCCACCGCAAGGACCACCUGAAGAACCACCUGCAGACCCACAAUCCCAACCGCGUGGCCCUGCAGUGCCCCGAAUGCAGCAAGAACUACAGCACCAAAUACGGACACCGCCGCCACCUCGCCUUACACGCCAUCGCCCGGGGAGACCUGAGCUGCACCAUAUGCCUUCAGGUCUUCAGGGACCGCCAGUCGGUGCUGGAGCACCUGAAGAGCCACAACCACCGUCCGCCGCCGGGCAACCGGGAGAAGAAGUACCCGUGCGAGCACUGCGACCGGUGCUUCUACACCCGCAAGGACGUGCGCCGCCACCUGGUGGUGCACACCGGGCGGAAGGAUUUCCAGUGCCACUGCUGCGCCCAGAUGUUCGGGCGCAAGGACCACCUGACGCGGCACAUGAAGAAGAGCCAUUGCGAGGAGGUGCAGAUCAAGCUGGAACCCCCGGACGAUUACAGCAACGUGAGCUGCCGACCGGCCGUCGUGAAGGAAGAGUUCGGGCCGGUCAUGUGCAUGCAGCCCCGAGACAACGUAGUAGCCGGAAUGUACACUACACCCUUUCAGCCGAUGCCAAGCCCCGCCCUUCCCCCGUCCCUGAUGCCAAACUCCUUGUCCCUAGGGCUCAACUACCCCGCCGAAAGUGCACCUACCUUCUCAACAGAUCCAUCGAGCAGGUUCCAGUUCACAUCUACCUCAUACUUUCCAAAAAGUGAGAUGGAUCCUUACGUGCCCGAUGGGUCUGGGGGCUUCGGCCCGCCCUCCGCCGACUUGUCUUCUUUCCCGCCUCAAGCUUCCUUGGAUGAGUCUUUCCUCUCAGCGCUGUGCGACCCCCUGUCCUCGGGCGUAGACUUCAGCCACUUCCUCGGAUUCUUUCCCCUCAACUUCCCUCCGUGCAACUUCCCGGUCGGCGGCCCGGAACCGACGGCGGGAGAGCAUCAGCCGUUCCUGUCUUCUCUGGGCCACGCGCAGACGUCAACGGGCUCCAUGGCCGGAGACCUGGCCCUGCCUCAUUUUACCUCAGACCUAAACUCUACCACAUUGCCUCAGUUUCACCAAGCCUUCAAGUAAACGCGGUGAAAACUUAACAUUUUUUUUUCGUUGAAUUCUUACCUCAUUUGUUGCCAUCUUCCGAGCGAACACGUUGGCCAC